UCUCUCACAUUUCUCUCGUUUUGUUUGAUGGCUAUGGCCGUUCCCGCCCAAACCAUCGCCGGCUACGAUCGUUUCCCAUGGGACGCGAUUCUUCUCCAAACCAACUCAGCUUUGAUGAACAACACCGAUCCUAACGUAUGGGCGUCGCAAAUCAUCUCAACACUCCGUUCCACCGCUGUCACUCUCCCUUCCGUCGACCUCGCUCACCGUUUAGUCUCUCAUUUGUUCUGGAACCAUCACUCUCCCAUCGCUUGGAAGCUUCUAGACAUUGCUGCUUCACUCAACCUUCUUCCUCCGUUGCUCCUCGUCGCUCUUCUCUCCACUAGGAUUGUUCCGAUGAGAAAAGUUUAUCCACAAGCUUAUAGACUUUAUCUGGAACUCGUGAAGCAAUAUGUGUUAAUGCUUCAAUUUCGUAACAAUUCUCCUAACUAUGAAAUGAUAAUGGAAUCAAUUGAUAAUGUUCUUCAGCUUUCGCAAGUAUACAGCCACAAGGUGUGUGAACCGGGAGUUGCUCUUGUUGAAUUUGUCUUCUCAAUUUUAUGGCAGUUACUUGAAGCAAUUUUGGAUGAUGAAGGGUUAUUAGAUCAUGUUCCAGAGAAUAAGCCAAGAUGGCUAAGCAGAUCACAUGAUAUGGAUAUUGCUGAGCAUGACUGCAUCAAUGAAAUGAAAACUGAGCAGAAGGAGGGGAUGCAGAGGAAAAACACAAUGAUAGCUAUUGAGAUCAUUGUACAGCUUUUACAAAAUAAAAUGACAUCAAGGCUUCUUUGCUUAGUUCAUCGAAACAUGCCAUCAUACUGGGGAUCAUUCAAUCAUCAAAUGCAGCUAAUUGCAUCAAAAUCUUCAAUUUUGAAGAAUUUGAAACAUAUUACUGCAGACACCCUUUUAUCUUUGAUGGAAAAUAUUCACGGGGUUGUAUCAUGCAAUACAAAAUCUAAGCUGGAGUCCAAUGUAGUCAUACCUGCUGGUUCUCAAAUAGCUUUUGGUGGUCAAUGUGAAGGUAGUAGUUGGUCUUCGAUUUGGCUUCCUAUUGAUCUAAUACUUGAAGAUGCUUUGGAUGGAGGGCACGUAGCAGCUUUAAGUGCUAUUGAAAUUAUUACUGGUAUGAAUGUAUGA